AUGUCAUGCCGCUCCAAUGACCUCUACAGUGAGUCCAGACACUUCUGGUUGUCGUCCGACAUCAGUAGCCCAUCCACCACCUCCAUUGUUGCCAUCGAAGAUGGUUUGAUGUCCAGAGCCGAUCGAGUGGGGGCGGCAAAGAACAAGGCGGCGAGAACUUCCAAUCUCAUUGUCUCUGGCUCCUUUGACGAGACCAUCCAUCUCUGGGACGUCAAGACCGGCCGAUGCAUCCGCACCAUCGAGGCCCACGAUGAUCUGGUCACCUCCAUCCACUUCAAUUACGAUGGCUCCAUCAUCAUUUCCGGCAGCCACGAUGGAUCAUGCAAGAUCUGGGAUGCUGCUAAAGAGAUCUGCCUCAAGGUCCUCAUCGAUGAUAAGACCCCCGCCGUCUCCUUCGCCAAGUUCUCCCCCAAUGGCAAGUUCAUCCUCGUCGCCACCUUCGAUGACACCCUGAUAAGAUUUACUCUUUUGGAUUAG